AUGGGAUUUUCAAAACCUAUUUUGAGGGAAUAUGACCUUUUUCCUUAUACAAAUACCAAGAUUUCAAUUCACAUUGAAGUCAAAUCAUUUCAUAAUUACAUCCUUAAACCUUAUUUGCAUCAAAAAGAAAUCAUAACUACUGUUUUUGGUAAAUGUGUUAAUACUUGGGGUCCAAACCCUGACCUAAUCGAUGUAACAAUUUCACCUGAUCCUCUUGUUCCAGAUAUCACCAAUGAAUUCGACCUUACAAUCGGAUUUAAUAAUCUUAUCGUUCCCUCAUUAGAGCACAACCUUAUAAGUCCUUAUUGCACUGAAGAUAUUAAGUAUCCAAUUAAAGCAGGAACUAUUAAAUAG